AUGGGCAAGACCAAGGCCCGGCGCUUUCGCCCGCCGCCCUUCGCUCCAGCCGGGAGCCUGGGCGAGCCGGCGGCGGCGGAGGAAGGCGAGGCGGGCGAAGAGGAGGGCUCCCCGGCCGCCGAGCUGCUGGAGAAGCUGCAGCACCCCAAUGCCGACGUGCGUGAAUUUGCCUGCGCCAACAUUUCCAAGAUGUUGCAACAGCAACAAACAAUCCCGGCUUUUGUGCAACAAGAUGUGGUCCGGCGACUGGGCCCGUUGCUGCUUGAUCCAAGCUUAGUGGUUCGGGAGACGGCGGCAGGAGCACUCCGCCCUUUCCCCGCCUGCUUCCUGGGCGGAGAGCGGCGGCGGCGGCGCCUGCGCCCCAGCCGCACACGUGGGGCAGGCCGGCCAGCCAGCCCGUCCCGGGAGCCUCGGCUGGAAGCCAGCGGCGGCGCUUCGGCUAUGGGCAAGACCAAGGCCCGGCGCUUUCGCCCGCCGCCCUUCGCUCCAGCCGGGAGCCUGGACGAGCCGGCGGCGGCGGAGGAAGGCGAGGCGGGCGAAGAGGAGGGCUCCCCGGCCGCCGAGCUGCUGGAGAAGCUGCAGCACCCCAAUGCCGACGUGCGUGAAUUUGCCUGCGCCAACAUUUCCAAGAUGUUGCAACAGCAACAAACAAUCCCGGCUUUUGUGCAACAAGAUGUGGUCCGGCGACUGGGCCCGUUGCUGCUUGAUCCAAGCUUAGUGGUUCGGGAGACGGCGGCAGGAGCACUCCGAAACCUCAGUGCCUGCGGAGGAUUUGAAGUUUGCAAUGAUAUGGUCACUAAAGACAUCAUGACUCCACUUGUAGCUUUGUUGAAGGAGUGCCGGGCAGGACUUAUAGAAAGCAAUAAUUCCUUGAAGGAAGACAAACAGACAGAGAAGAACCAUCCUGAGGACAUUGCUAACGAAGGUGUGAACUUGCUGUGGAAUGUGUGUGAAUGCAACAGUACAGCCGUAUCAAUAUUCAACAAAGAAGGAUGCUUAGAUGUUACUCUACAAUAUCUGAAGAGGUUUCGUACAAAUGUUGAGCUGGCUAUUGCUGCGGCAUCCUGUUUACAAACGGUGACAGAAGACAACCCAGAUCUACUAUCAUCUUUCGAUGCAUCUGCGCAUCAGGUGCUGGAAAUGGUUAUGUUAUCAUCGGAGAAAGAUAUGGACCACAUCCUUUUGCGGACUUUGGUGGCAGGGGUAGCGUGGAACGUAAAGAGCACUGUGCCCUCAAGCAGCCAGGCAGGAACCAUCAAUGCCAUCCUAAAGAUUUUCUCGGACUGUCUAGCGGUGGACGCCGGAGAGACAGUUGUUCGGAUGAAGGAAGCCGAAACGGAAAGGUUGAAGACUUCGGUGGAAGGAAAUGGAGUGAACGGAGGUAGCACCACACAGAUAGACGAGAACAGCAUGGAAGAGGGAACUGGAGGGAUCGCCCAAGGGGAGAAGGACCUGUUGGAUCUACUGCCACGCAGCCAGCAGGAGUUGAAGCAAGCGAGUGCGUUACUUUUGGCUCAACAAACUGCCCUGGAAAUAAUUGUCAACAUGUGCUGCAACGAAGAUGCUUCUGACGAAGAAUGGGAAGAGUUAUCGAGCAGUGACGAAAGCGAUGCCUUUCUGGAUAACAAUUAUGAAGAAGAGGGCAAGCUGCUUUCUCCGUUGUGCCUUUCAGCUGAAAUUCACACCGCCCUGGUCAACCAGUUAAUCCCAAAGAAGAUCCUGGAAAAAACUGCUUUCCCUAGUGGAGUUACGGUCAAUGUCUGUAUGCAACAUCCAUCUUGGAAGGCUCUGAUUAAAAAGUUGAACAUGAUCCAGUGCAGAGCGCUCACCUGUCUUCACAGCAUUUUGCUGGUGUCGGAUGUGGAUAGCCUGGGGGGUCCUUCGGUGCUUCAAUCCCUGUCACAGCACUUGUCUCAAUUAAUUUUUUCCCAGCCAGAAUUUUCAAAAGAAGUGGAGUUUCUAGAAGCUGUCACCAGUGCGUUGCGAGCUCUUUUGCAAAUGUUGGCAUCAAAUAAUAUAACUCAGUGCAUGACCCCGGAGCAGCUGAUGACUCUGUGUGACACUGGAAUUCAAAGCACAAACAUCAGCGUCCGAAUCAAUGUUGUUAGCAUUUUAGGAAUUGCUGGGAGUGUGCUUGCCAAAGUGGAAGACACCACUGAGACACUCAAGAACAUCGGAAAAUUCCUCCUCAAUGUUGUAACGAAAGACUCUUCCCUUGUGGUGGUGGGAGAAGCCUUGGAUGCCCUCUUCGAUGUUUUUGCCGAUGGCAAAGAAGCGGAAAAGGCAGCGGAGGAAAUAAAAUUGCUUUAUGCGCUUAAGGAAUUCCAGCCCAUUUUCAAGUCACGGAUGCGAAAGGAAGGCAGAGGACAGUACAACACAGAACAACUGUGCGUUCUAGACAACGUGAAGUUGAAUUUAAGAAGAUUUAUUGCCUAUCAAGAGACGUUGGAUAGAAAGAAAAAAGUUUUGGAAGAGAAAUAGGAUGGAAAGCACUAUUUUUGAUAUAGUUUAUCAAAUGUUUUAACCGUGGAUUCUAUAGGACCUUGUAGUAACAACUAGUGGGAGACAAGGGUGGUGGUCUGCUUUUCCUACUAUGUGUCUUAUAUUGAAGGGGGACAGAGAAAAGUGCUAAAAUGAAUUCAGCACCGCAAAGGGUCAAAAUUUGUCCUUAAAAAGUGGUGGAAUAUUUUAAUUUUCUGUUCUUAGAAAAAGAAUGAGCAAAAAAAUCCAAAAUAAAAAAAAAGAGAUUAUGAUGGAAGUGUCCAUUUUGUUAAUAUGGACAAAAUAAUGUGAUUUCCUUGAUUAUAUACUUCAGAGUUUUCUGUUUUGUUUUUUUAAGUAAAAGUACAAUGUAAAAAACAGGAUAAAAUAUUGUUCCUGGGUGAUUUCAGUUUUCUCAGUGCCCAAAUAUGAAGACUUUUCCUACUUCUUUUUAAAAAAACGUUUUAUAGAUAACAGCCAAGUUCACACAUUGUAUUUUUCUAAUAUACAUAAUAUACAGAAGUAUAUUUCUUCAUAUUGUAUUUGAAAUCCUUUAGCCCAAAGCUGUUAAAAUGCAAAAUAACUACGUUUUCUACCAAAAGGAAUCUAUGUUUUGUGUUUGGAUUCAGUGCUGGUGAACGAUAGCAAUAAAAUAAUUGACAUUCCUAUAAUUUAUGAUAGUUGUACUGGAUAAACUAUGAUAAAACAGAGUAAAUUAUAAAUUGUGGUACCCUGGGUAAAUUGACACAACUUGGGGCACUGUCAAAUAAUGUAUUGCUGUGUGUAGCCUGAACAAGCCUUUUACCAUAUUCCGAUUAAAUAGCCUUUUAGCUAAGUUUCUCUCCAUUCAGCCAAGAGGCUGGAUCAAAUG